GAAUGGAAUGGCGGUGUCGCGACGGAUCUAUGGCGGGUAAUGGCGGGCAUUUGCUGCUUUGAAGCCUCGCAUUUGCAUGGCCCUGGCUAUGGCUGUCAAGAGCAAGGCGCCCGACGCCGUGAAGCUCUUUGUAGGUCAGAUUCCCAAGCAUUUGACGCAGGAGGAGCUCCUUCCAAUCUUUGAGGAGGCGGGAGCCGUGUUUGACAUCAACAUCAUCAAGGACAAGUCCACCAAGCAAUCGCGAGGCUGCUGCUUCCUUACUUACAGCUCGAGAUCUGAGGCUGACAAUGCCAUUGAUUUGUUCCACAACAAGAAAACCAUCUCUCCGAUUUUGGUCGAGUAGAUGAACAGUCCGAUGCAAGUAAAAUAUGCUGACGGCGAGCUGGAGCGUUUAGAGCACAAACUCUUCAUUGGAAUGCUACCAAAAUCCGUCACGGAGGCCGAAGUCCGUGAUGUGUUCUCGGAG